AUGAAAUGCUAUUUUGCAACAAAAAAAGAUUAUAUAUUUAAAAAUGUUGAAGUUCUUAUUUAUGUAUUUGAUGUGCAAAGUCAAGAAUUAGAUAAAGAUUUACAUUAUUAUCAAUCAUGUCUUGAAUCUAUUAUACAAUAUUCAUGUAAAGCAAGAAUUUUUUGUCUCAUCCAUAAAAUGGAUUUAAUAUCUGCUGAUAUGCGUGCAACAGUAAUUGCUGAACGAGAAAAUAUUUUAAAAGAUAUAUCUAAACCAUUACAAUGUUCAUAUUUUCCUACAUCUUAUAUGGGAUGA